GCCUUUUAGAAGGCGCAAGUGGGGUCUGCCGAGCGGGAGUAUUUGGCACUCGUUAUCAGUAUCAGUACCGAAUGGCGAUGCCAGAUGCAGUCGAUGAGUUUUGGCCGUCAGAGCCGGAGCACGGCGCACCGGCUGCCGACCAGCCUCACGUCGCCAUCGAGGGAGAGGAGGUGUCGGGCGACGGCAAGACCAUCCCGCUGGACCGGCUGUACUUCCUCCUGGCUGCCGCUGCCACCAUCCUCGUCGCUGCCGCUGUGCUAUCGCUGUGGUAAGAAGCAACACUCCGCUGCUGCUGCUGAUGCUGAUGCUGAUGCUCACUCUCUUACUGCACUGCUCUGCCCUUAUAUGUGUUUUCAGGUAUCGGUUCAAGCAGUCCCGUCAGAGGAAGCGGGACGAACAGCUGGACCGGAAGAGGGAACAAGCACGGUACAACAGAUGAAGAGCAUCCAUCCAUCCAUGCAGCCCUCAUUCGUGUGUGACGUCAUGUUCUCCCCUGCUGCAGGCUUCGCCAGUUGGCUCGUCUGGAGGAGGAGGCCGACCACUUCAAACACACGGUGGAAUACGAGGUAGGUGGGUGACCCAGGCAGCCAGCAGCCCGCCUCUAGGGUCUAUCUACCGUGCAUCUUCCCUUUUCUCUCUUUCAGCGCAUGGAGCAGGAGGCCAAGGAGCGUGACAAGGGCAUCACGGCUGAGCACCGGCACACGAUGGACAAGGCGGAACACUACGGCCCUGGCCUGGACAGCCCCUUCUUCGACAAGUCUAUGCCAGGUUACCGGCCGCAGCGCAAGGGACCUGGCAUGAGGGGUGGUGGAUGACGGCGGUAGACGCGGAGGCAGCCAUGUGUCAGUCGCACACAUGGGCCUUCGGCGACCGAUGUCCGUGCAUACGUACGGACAUCCGUCCGCUCUGACUUGUGUUUUUCCGUGUACAAUUCAACCAAGGGGCAUCGGGGGAGAUGUUGAUAUGUAUCCGGGCAAUUCAAUUGCGGGGGAGUGUCAUCGCAAUAUGCAUGACCGCAAGUUGAUGAGUGAGUGCAUGAGUGCUGUUCGAGUGACGGCUGGGGGGCAGAAGGCCCGUUGCGGUCCGCUCACAGCCCGAAGGAAACGGCGCUCUGCUCACUCGCCAACUCGCUGCAUGCGUGCAUGGCUUGGCUGGCUGGCUGCAUUUAUGAGGGUGGCAGACGAUGAUAGCUGUCUGUCUGUCUGUGCAGAUGUGUGGAGUGACGUACGCCUGUGAGCGCGGAUUCAUGAAUCUAUUGCUGUGUUCAUUGUGUUCACGAA